AUCUCCCUUGAAAUUAACAAUUUGUUGUAACAUAAUAUUUUACCCUUUAAAUGUUUUAUUUUGAUGGUAUCAAAAUGAUGAAAAGAUACUACGAUUAAUUGGUUUGUUUAUAGACCAUGUAUGAUUAAAUGUAUAACUCUUAAAGUCGUGUAAGCCUAAAACUACGUUGCAGUUUUCACACUGGGUGUGAAACUAACUGAGAAACUCAUCAUCACUGGAGAUGAAAUUGGGUGAACAAAAAACAAAAAGUAACGGAAAAGACGUGUAACUGCAGCAGGACAUAAAAAAAAAAUGUCAGCAACAGACGGACUGUGUUGCUGUGAAUAUGAAAAUUUAGAUGGAGAGAGGAGUCAUAUACUGGCCUGUUGUUGUGAUUGUGAGGCUCUGGAUCAGAUAGUUGACAGAUGUUUUAAGUGUGAGAAAAUACCAGAUGGAAUGGUUCAAAGGUUCUUUGAUACUUUGAAUGACAGAUGUCGAUUUCCAGGAAUUUUUGGAAAAGGGGCUGUUAGAAUGAACUUGGACAUCUUUGCACCAUGCUGUCUUGUUGUGGCUUGUAUUUAUAUAUCAACCAAUGGACCGUACACAACAUUCUUCAUGUUGACUUUAAUGCCAGUGUUUAUGUUAAGUUUUUAUUAUAUAUGGAGAAAGAAUACUCAAAUAACUCGAACUCAGUUUUUUUACUCGUGGGGAUUGACAUCAGUUGUGUUGAUGUUUCUUGUUUUCCAUAUUUAUACCAUAUGCUUUAGAAAGACAUUAUUGUGGGAACAUAUUUUACUUUUUACUGCAUUCAGUCUUAUGAUAUAUUUCUUUAUCAAAACAAAGAAAAGUCCUAGUAUAUUACGACACGGAAUAAAGGAUGCCACAAGGGGGAAAAGUUCAAAACAUGUGACUGUUAAUUUGGAGAACAAUACUCAUGAUAGAGUAGAUGAUAUGUUGUCACAGGAAAUUGAAGAGAAAGAUGUCACAUGGGUAGACUCAAGACCUAUUAAGGAUGGGAAGUUAAAGAUCUGGUGUGAAAAUUGUCAUUUUAAGAAACCUCCAAGAUCUGGACAUUGUAGUAUCUGUAAUGCCUGUAUAUCAGUCAGAGAUCAUCAUUGUGUAUGGAUUGAUUGCUGUAUAGGAUCACAUAAUCACCGUUCAUUCAUCAUGACCAUGGCAUUAUUUUUAUUUUGUGGUUUUUAUGGAUUCCACUUGACGAUGACUACAGUCUGUACACCAGAGAUGUAUUUUGACUGGUUCCUGUUUCCUAGUGACUGUAGAUUCCUGUAUAUAGAUUUUCAGACAGCUGUAAGUUUUGUGGCUGCAUGUUACACUUUGAUGGCUUCCAUGUUAAUGUUGUGCAAUUUUAUCUACCAGAUAGUGUUGAUUAGCCAGAACACGACAUCACAAGAAUUCCAUCAGGCUUCACGACGAGGGCUCAGAACAAAAUGUUUCACUGUGAAAAAUAAUAUACAUAACAAUGGGUUCAUAAAGAAUUGGAUAGCAUUCAUAUUUACAAGACGAGAAGAUAAAGGAAAUAUUCCAUGAUUUUUACCGCAUAUUUUGUAAUUCAAUAUUAAAUUAUUGUGUUAAAUUGAAUUUCAAGGUCUUCAGACAUGUAUUACUGUUGAUUUUGUUAUGCCCCACCUACAUUAGAAGGGGGCAUUAUGUUUUCCUGUCUUUUUAUCUAAUUUGUGAUAUACUGAACAUGGAAAUGUGAUAUUGUUUCAUAUUUUUUUUUGGCAUACUCUUU